AUACAAGUCACAUAAAGAAGAACUUGUUAGAGAGAGAAAGAGAGUAGUUAGAGAGAGAAAAGAUAGUAUUUGUAUAUAAUAUAGAUUAUUAACUAAUAUUAUAUAAGUAGAGUAUAAGCUUGGGAAUUUCUUCAAAUUCUACAAGACCUCACCUGCAGCUUUCAUGCUGAAAAAAAUUCCUCUCAAUCUUCUCUUUAACUAGCUAUAGUCCAUAUAUGUUUUCUCCACCUAAAAACACCUAUAUUAUUUCCUCAAUCUUAUACCAAAAUUAACACCACUUUAACUUAAUUUGUCCUUAAUAAUAUAAUUAGCAAAGCAACAAAACAAUAUAUAGGUGAGGAUCAAAAGGAGAAUUAAAGAGAUUAUAAAUUUAAUCAUGAUUAGGGCAGGAAGUGGUAGCACAGAAGGAUCCAAAACAAGCCUUUCCAAUGAUAUAAUUGAUGAUGAGUUUGAUGAGGAUGACAAUAAGGUAGAUGAAGAAGAGGUGGAUGAUAAUAGCAACAAUACUAAUAGCAAGGUGGUGAUCAAGAUCAAUGGUUCGAGUUCGAGUUCGAGCACAGUUGAGGAGGAUGAGAAGAAGAGGACCACCUCCUCCGGAUCGGUGAGGCCCUACAACCGCUCAAAGAUGCCGCGGCUCCGGUGGACACCGGAUCUCCACCUUUGCUUUGUUCAUGCUGUUGAAAGGCUAGGAGGACAAGAAAGAGCAACACCUAAGUUGGUUCUUCAGUUGAUGAAUAUCAAAGGCCUAAGUAUUGCUCAUGUCAAGAGUCAUCUUCAGAUGUACAGGAGCAAAAAGAUUGAUGAAUCUAAUCAAGAAGCUAUGAGCAAUAAUCAAGGAAUAUUUAGUGAUGGAAGAGAUAAUAUCUACAAUCUCAGCCAGCUACCUAUGUUACAAGGCUACAAUCAUCAAAGAUCACCUUUUAAUCUAAGAUAUGGCGAUUCUUCUUGGAGAGGUCAUUCCAACCAGAUUUAUGGUCCAUACAACGUUGGAACUUCAUCUGAUAGGCCUAGAAACGGGUCGAAUUUCAAUUCUCUUUCAGAAAGGAUGAUCUUUGCUAGUAAUAGUAUCAAUUCUCAAGUAACCAAUGUCAAUUUCCUCCAAGGGCAAUUAUCAAAUUGGAGAACUCAACAAUCACUCAAAAACACCCCAAUAUUUCAACCUCAUGGAUCUUCAUCAUCUCAAUCCAUAACUAGACCUUCAAUCAACCUAGCAAUUAGUCCAACCACAGAAGUAGCGCCCGAAAAAAGAGAGAAAUCAAAUUCUUUCAACUUCCUUAAACCCUCUAAUAACAACAUUGAGAUUAAACAAAGAACCAUUGUUAAUCAUUUAAAAAGAAAAUCCUUAGAUUUAGAUCUUUCUCUUGCCCUAGCUCCAAAAAAUGAAGUUGAUCAUUCAUUAACCAAGGCAAAUUCAAAGGAUAAAGAGAAAGAUUGUGAAUUAUUAUCACUAUCUUUACUACACACACCGCCAUUUUCAUCUUGCUCGAAUGAUAAGUUCAUUAACAAGUUGAAGGAAGAAGAUGCAAGUAGUAAGAAUAAACAAGCAAAAACAAGUUUGGAUCUGACUUUAUGAAUGAAGACAAUUGCUGAGUGAGAUCUUGGUGUACUUUGUCAGAGAAAAAUAACUCCUAAUAGUGCAAAAAAAGUAGAUAAAAAUAUGUCUAUUGCAUAUAAUAUACCAAAGGUAAUGCCAAAUUUUACUUGUCCUUAGUUCUUAUUUUUGUUGUUAUAUAUAUAUAUCAUAUUAACAUGAUUAA